UGAAGUUCAUUGCACUGCACUCGGUGCUGAAAAAUCAGCGCGAUUUUCUUAUCUGCAAUCGUUUUGGUGUAGAUCGGCACGAGGAAAACGACCGAACAAGUAGAGACGCUUCUUUCUAAGUCGAAUCUGUGUAGAAGGUAGUCACAAGUUUAUUGUCAAGCAGGAUGAAGCCACAUUCUCACGCGCCAGUCGUUACGCAAAGCGUUUGCCGGAGCGGUCGAGGAGAGUCCUCAUUGCUCAAGACGAAAAACACAUUAGGCGAUGAAGAACGGCAAAGCGAGAUGAACAAUCCAACCGAGCGUUGCGACGAUGAUGUCGAGAAAAAAUUCACGGCGCAAGACCAGGAAGAGGAACAAAUCCUCCCCCAGCAGCGUCCGCGCGUUUCAUCCACCCGUCGUCGAUCGUCGCUCGAGAAGAUUCAAGAUUUUUUCACCACCUGCAAAACCAAUUUGCUCCGCCGGCCCUCCUCCUUCGCGGAGUUUUUGAUCACGCAGUCCCAAUUUACCUCGAGUCCGCACGAGGUGAUUUUGAAAAUUUCCACGUUUCUCCAACAGCUCGACGCCAGCCUGCAGUCGGCGGGAAAGAUCUGGCGCGCGACGCUGGAUGACAAAGAUUUGUUCAAGUUGAAACUGGUGCAGAUCUUCUUUUUUGCCAACCACGUGUUGCCGGUUCUGCUGUAUUACCUAACCGACAAAAAUCCGAAAUUUCCCGCCACCAUUUCGCACAACUUACGCGCCGGGUGGCCGAAGUUGUUGAACCACGUGUUGUAUGCAUUGCAAAAGUACCGUACUAGUACUACUAGUACUAGUAUUUCUACUAAGUAGAAAUAACAUGACAAAUUUUUUCAAGAAAAAAGAUUCAAUUUGUAAUGGUGAUUCACCUUAUUUGGUGGAUCUGUCAUGCGAGACGGCGAUUAGUACGAGUACGAUACUUUUGCGCUGCAUAUAUUUGCUUGCUGUGCGUGGGGAAUUCUGCUGCCGGUAGUGGGGAAAAAGAUCUCGUUGCAGGAAUUUAUCGCUUCCUCGUUCACUACGGUGCAUACUGCUCCUCAGAGGGACGCUAUUAGAAGUACCGCCUGCUGCUCUUCAGCUACAGCUCGUAGACAGUUCCUAUUGUCUUCAUCUACUUCCCAUGGUCACGCAGUGACCACACGACAUGAUGGACCUGAAACAGCGACGACCAGGGGCAGCCCGCCGCUGAGCCCGGUUAGCAGAAGCAACGACUUGAAGUCCAUGCUGAAAAAAAGUCGAAGCGAACAGGAGCAAAAUAAAACCGAAAUGGCUGCGGAUGAAACGGCGACAAUUGCAGGAGCUGCCGGGGCGAGUACUAGCACCGGAGGAGAAAACAGCAGCUGCAGCAGUAACACGUCCUCUAGCAAUGCGUCGUCCACGACGAGCAGCUGUGCUAAUUUGGCGAUGCUAGUAUCUGCCCACAACGAUCCGAUUGGGGAAGGCAGCAGCUCCAUCACCGGCGCGGUAAGACCGCCGAAAAAGGAUCAUUCUGAUGAGCCGCAAGACGAGACCCGCAAGAACAUGUGCUUUGUUGAUCAGAGAGAAAAUAGCCAGCCGCGCCAUCAUCUACCGACGCUUUUGGAGACAAUGGGUCAUUGCAAGAGCGGUACGAGUACAUCUCCCCCCGGACAGGACACGGGUGAUACUUCUGAAGGUGCCGAUGGCAAUACUCGUCUGUCCUCCGGAGUUGGAAAAGACGCCAAGGCAGUACAGCCGAAAAAAUGCCACCUCGUUGAGAUCAUGAACAAGAAAAUACAACCCUCGCCCUCGAAAGUCCGAUUUUUCGAGGCAAACCGAAUUUUUAGCAGAGAAGAUGCAUCAGUCGCCUCCUCCUCUUGCUCAUCCAGCUGCACUAGCAUAUUUGCUGCAAAGACUGCGAACUCAUCAGCUUCGAACGCCGCUUCCCGUCUCCGCAAUUUGUUCAGAAAAAUUUUCCACUCCGCAACUACAAGGGCGGAGAUCAAACGCGACUCUCGUCUGCCGCAGUUGAAAGCGAAAUUCGGGACUGCGCUUGCGCACUCCCAGAACUACUUCACUGUACUGAAACAACUUCUUCACGACGGCGUUCACGGCGGCGAUCUAGUAGAAACGACGGCCGCAAGUAGAACGUCAUCUCGAGUCGUAGAAGAAAAGAGCGGAAAUUAUAAAAUAGCAGCUCCUACUACUUCAUCUACUUCACGCGACAACCAGCAGCAGCUUCCGCGCACGAGCUCUUUCGUCGAGAUGGAGCUGGAGCGGUUUCGCAUUCUUCGCAUCCGGUUUGGAUUGGUCACGUGGCUCUCUUCCGUAUUGUGUUUGAACAUUUUCCGGCUGGGCGGGGGGCGGAAGUACGGUACCAUGUUUCUCCGGUUUUGGAACAUUCUGCACUACAUCGGCGCAGGGUCCUACAUGACGACCCUGCAUUUCUCGUCGGUGUACUUCUGGAACCAGAAGCAGAUUUACCAGAGCUGGUACAAGUACUCGGCCAUUUCCCUGGCUUCCUUCAUCGGCUGGAUGACCUGGGUGAAGGGCCGGUUGUCGUUGGAGUUACUGGAUGAGGAACUGCGAUACAGCUCGUUGCAGAUCCGGGAAACCUACCAACUGCAAAUAUGUCUGGGUCUGGAUGAGUGCAGCUUUGUCAUGCAGGUUUUGCAUGAGCCAUGACGUCUGUGAUGUACUAUGCCCUAGCAUCACAGACUUUUUGAGGGCUUCUUGAUGCCUGCCCCGCAUGACAAAUGCCCUUUCCGCGUAGCAAAAAUUGGACUCCUUUUGCUGCGCAUGCAAUACAGAUUUUUUUAGAAUCCAAGCGCAGCAUCACAAGUUCCGACCUUCGAGACCCAGACAUAUUUGCAGUGGAUAGAACUAUCCUCCAGAACUCCGGGUCGGUGCACGCCAAGAAGUGGUUUCAACUCCAGGUGUGGAAGCUGUUUCUGGCCGAGCUGGGCACGCAGUUGGCGGAAAAUUCACUUUUUAUCGCCUUUGUCACCGGGCUGAGGUCGGGGAUGGUGUAGACGGAGCCUGUACGUUUGGAAAUGAUGAAGAAAGAACCCGUUUAGAGAAAAUGCUGUCCGGUGUUUUACUCACUUGUUGGGUCGUUUAUCGUUUAUCUAUUCACGACAUUUUUGGCAUGAAGACCGCCUGAAAGGCCAUAGAUUCAUUGAUUUUUUGGAGUGUAUCUAUAUCAUUUCGGGGUAAAGAUAAGAACAGCAACAGCAAAAUGCACAGUAAUAAAACACGAACAACAAGAUGCCUGAUAUGCGCAAGCAUUUGACAUUAUCGCAAUCGCACUGCGAUAUGACAUUAUUUUUUUUUUGCGAAAAAUAUUUGUGAAGCAUUUUCCAAGAAAUUUUUGCUCAACUAGUUGUGGAUGUUGUGAUGCAUAAAAGCGCUAGCAUGUUGAGGAAAAAUCGAAGCCAUAGUCAGAGGCGAAGGCGAAGCGGCAUGCCGUGUGCGAUCCAUGAUUUUGCGAACCUUGUUGUGCUACGCAUUUUUCUACGACUACGCUUCUUCUUCAUCACGAAAAGUUAUAUAUACAGUUGUAGCACCGAAGCGUCGUAUCAACCGAGCUGUUUGUACUCGAACUGCCUCUUGC